AUGGGUUGUCAACCGAGUCAACCAAAAUCAGUUCAUUGUACAGAACCUUCUUUACAAACUGUUCAAGAACAAACCAACAAAAUACUUAAUACUCUCGAUGAAAUUAAAAACCAUUUAAUUAUUUUAGAGCAACAGCAAAAUGAUAUUUAUAAUAAAAUAGAUCAACACAUGAAAGAAUUUGAAUGUUUCAAAAAUGAUGAAGUGUCUAAGAAAAACAGUAAACACCAUAAAGAAAAAAACAACGAUGAAAAGAAGCCGAAAAAAAAUAAACAAAUUAAAUCUCCUAAAAUUACUGAUAUGUCUCGAGUAGAGUAUUUAAAAGAAGUUUUUGGUGUAAACAAUGAGGUCAAUAAUUGUGUUCCUAUUGAAAGUGCUCAAUUAAAUAUUUCUAGAGAGAUUUAUCUCCCAGAUGAAAUGGAAGCAAAUGAAAUUGAUCAAUACAUUGAAAAAAUUCAAAAAAAGAUGUUAAGUAAGAGAAAUUGCUCAAAUAAACAAAAGAAAGAAAAUAAUACACAAUAA